UCCGGCGCCGCUGGCUGUCCCGUCGACUGCUCCACCUGCUCCUCGUCCGCUCAGGCGUCGGGACUCGAACCCGGUCCGUUGUGUCUCAAACAGACGCCUCCUACGGCGCAGCCAUACAGCCCCGGUCCGCCGAGUUCCCUGCCCGACUGCGCUACACCAGCUCAGCUAAACCUCGGCGGCGGAGGCGGUGGCGCUUUCUCACCGGCUCUGGACGCUUUCCUUCGAGCCACCGUGGGAUUGGCCGCCUCGCAGUUCGCCUUCUCCGGACACCAUCAGACUCUCCCGCCCCUUCUUCCCAACACCGUCUCCAACGGGUUCGUCGGAGCUUCCGAGAGCCACCAGUUGCUGCAUCUGCACAAGGGACGGAUGGCCAUGAACUUCCUCGGCUUGCCGACUGCCUUCCAAGAGAUACCGCCCCUCAGUCUGCUCAGCCUCGACUGCCAACGUCUGCAGGAUCAGCAGCAGCAGCAGCAGCAACAACAACAACAGCAGCACAAGCCUUUAGCCUCGGGGCUGACGACCAACGGUCUACCGGUGGCCGGCUGGGACGCCGAGGUUUGGCUCAAGAGCCCGUCGGACAAGUCCACAAUGCCGAGGCCGAUGGAGACGCUGGACCCUGGGUCCGAGUCCCGCGUAUCGACGGCUGGUCGAGACUCGGGUCGACGGUUGCGCGUCGACUCGCGACAGCAUGCGCCUCGACGACCGGGCGACUUUAGUGUGGAUCGUUUUUUGUACCGCGACGGUCCCCGGCCGUCGACGCCCGACUGGACCGCCAUGGAGUCGGAGUCGGACGAGCCUGUUGAUGCGGCCAAUAGACUCGACCUGCCGGGGUCGUCGGCUUGCGGGGCCGGCCAGUGGUACCGGUUGCCGGACGAUCGGGACCCCCUUGGCCGGCUCAAGUCGGACCCGGCCUCGGACGGGACGACGAAGGCGCACGAAGAGGACAAGGCCUCCACCAGCAGCAGUCCUUUGCCGCAGACGCUCGACCUCAAACCCUCCAGAAGCAGUUACUCCUCCCUCGACUCCGGCAGCCCCAAAGAGGAGAUCAGCCUCAGUCAAACAGUCGAAGAGGCCUGCUGA